GAACUCACAAACUUUCUCUCAUCACGCACCAAGUUUUGCGUGACUGCCAGCACACUCGACCAACGGUCGGGCAGCUCUAUCUUUCGCUGAUGGACGUCGGCUGAGGCUUGCUGAGCGCCUCGCUUCACCAUGAGCUCAUCCACAGUAUCUGUGUCGGCGGCUACGCCAACGCAGCAUCCUUUCCAGAGGAAGAUUGAUGACAUCAAGCCGUCUAAGACGGAUAUCAACUUCGUCAUCAUGGACUACCUGGUUAGCGAAGGCUAUCCUAGAGCUGCUGAAAAGUUUGCCAAGGAAGCCAACAUCCAGCUGCCUCUUGAGGAGGAGUCCAUUCAGUCCCGCGUAGAAAUACGUCGGUCUAUCCAUGCUGGCGAUAUUGAUAAUGCCAUUACCAAGAUCAAUGAUCUGAACCCUCAGAUCUUAGAUACAGACCCAUCUUUGCACUUUGCACUGUUGCGACUACAGCUCAUUGAGCUCAUUCGCGCAUGCACGUCGUCUUCCACCUCCGAUAUCACACCCGCGCUUAAUUUCGCUUCGUCUCAGCUCGCUCCCCGCGCAGCUACGAACAAUGAUUUCUUGAAAGACCUUGAACUUACCAUGUCGUUACUCAUCUUCCUUCCUGCCGCCCCCGGGACACUACAGAAGGAGCUCAACGAGCUACUGGAGCCUUCGCUUCGUCGCAAUGUUGCCAGCAAGGUCAAUGAGGCAAUACUCACUAGCAUGGGAGCACAUGGAGAAUCCCGCAUGAGGAGCCUGGUGCGUCUACGGCAGUGGGCAGAGACUAAGGCUCGAGCUGCUCAAAAGGAUAUCCCUCCCGCGUUACCUCUUGGCUUGCAGGACGCCGAUGAGCGUUCGGCUAAUGGGAAUGGCGAGGCUGCCGACGUCAUGGUGCAGUAGAGGUGUGAUCGCACCUGGCGUACGCGUUCUGUUCAAGCUUUUGCGCGCCUCAAUAUGUGCUGUAACGUUGUCCGUGACUAAAUACUUGCAAGCCUUCGAUUUGGCUAUGAUACCACAAUGAACUUUAUGAUGCUCUUGUCCCUACACUCCGGCUCCUCUGUGCCUUGCUAUUGGCUAUGUAUUACUCCGUGAAAACCUUGUAUCCGUUUGUAUAAUGAGACUAUCGUCUCGAAGCUCGAGUCGAGUCCAAGGUAUGCAGCGUAGUCACGACAGAGGGCUGCAUUAGGCCUGGUCCCAGACUUCACCAGGCAUCGCAUCGAGCUCUCGCAUCCAGCCCAGGAGAAGUCAUGAAGGU